UGUUCCUCAACUUGUUAACCUGGUGAAAUUGUCGAUGCCUUAGGUUUCCUCUCACGAGAGAAAAGCAUUAAAAAAAAAGGUUUUUGCACUCACUUCAUUGUUUUUCUUUUAGGGCGCAGGGCGUUGUCAUCCUUUAGCAGACGAUUCUGUGUUCAUGCGAGAAGCUCAUUGCGCCGAAGCUUGGAGACGUGGAUUUCCUCAUUGCCGUGCUCUCGAAGGUAUUUAGCAUCAUGGUGCUCGAAAAGUCAGCGUGGACAGGCGGGGGCAAGCCUCAGGUAGUGCUAUGGGUGUUGGUGUCGUCGUGUGUGCUGCUGCCCUUCUUAGCCCAAACUGCCCUAGCUCAAAAUGCGGCGAUCGCUACCGGCCAGAGUGCGUCGGCAGCAGUGACUUCAAGAAGCCCGGAUAACACUGCGAGUGAAAUGGAGGAAAUCGACUACGCGCAAGUUGCUCGAGACGUGGUGGCCGCCGGCCUGUCCAAAGUGCCGCGCUCUUUAAUACGAAAACUGCUGGAAGCCGACGUGCGGUCAGAGUGCAGCACGGCGCUGCUACGUACCAUGCGAGCCUUCCAGAACCUCGAGCCGUGGGUGCUGAGACUUUUCGACGCGACCGGAAAGUAUCCCACGGGCCUCUUCGGCGCCUCCAUCGUCGACAUGGGCGCAUUCGACGAGUGCCUUGAGACCGUUGUGCGGGACCGGUACGGAAACCUGUUGUCCCGGGGCCAAUACUGCAACAUGCUUGGCUACAUUAAAAAUGCUACAGGAAUAGAAAUGAUGAUGAAUUCUAUUUCGGACGCCUUGCACCCGAGGCUCCGUUAUUUCAUUGAACAAGGCUUUACUACGGAAAACUCCAUUGCUCGACUGGGAUUAUGCUUUAUUGAAGACUGUAACGAACACGACUUACAAGUUCUGGUCAACUCAGUAAAGCUUCCGCUCAUCCGGUUUAAAAUAUCGAACUGCGUGACUGCAGAACCAAGACCGUGGAACACGACACAAUUAGGGAUUGUAAUAUUUGCAGCAGUCCUACUUCUUGCCAUUAUUAUUGGUACAAUGGUCGACCUUUUCGUGGACCAAGAAUCUGCGUUCGCAAAAAAAUGUGGUCUCCUGUUCCAAGUCGCCAUGGCCUUCUCGGCGAAAUCCAACACAAGGAUGUUGCUCAAUGUAGCCAGCAAGCACCAAGUUGACCAGUACUCUCUGCAAUUCUUGCAUGGCGUGCGAUGCUUAACCAUUAUGCACAUCGUGCUCGGACACACCCACAUGGUAUUAUCGGAUAGUUUCUCACGACUGCUGAACCUAUUCAUUGCUACAUCAGAGUGGCCAAAGGUGAUCAUACCCGCCGCAUUCAAUGGCGUUGAUACGUUUUUCUUUAUCAGCGGAUUCCUUCUGUCUCACAUUCUAAGCAAGCAGAAGGGAAACGGGCCUGCCGUGUUCCUCAUUGCCAUGCUUAGAAGGUUGAUCAGGAUGUGCGUCCCACUUUUCUUCGUCAUCAUGUGGUUCUACCUGCUCCCUCGCUUCGUCACGGGACCGGACACGGAGACGUUUUUCCAGAAAUUUUACGUCGACAUGGAAGAAAACUGGUGGCGUCUCCUCGUCCAGAUCAGAAACUUUUUUGAACUGACGCCCCAGGACAUACUCUCACAUACGUGGUACUUAUCGACGGACUUUCAACUCUUCGUGGUUUCGCUUCUGAUAUUACUGACAUUUAGAAGGCGGAAGCCUGUGGCCCUGGCAGCAUUAGCCGUGCUUUCUCUCUUAGGCUGCGCCAUCGCGACGUGGACUGUGGCCAGAUACCAUCUACUUCCAUUCAUCAUUAUUCCCUUCCCUGAUUACCCGCGGAUGAUCAGCACACUGAACGAGUAUUACACCAAGCCUUUUUAUCACGCUGUGUGCUACUUUAGCGGCUGUAUGACGUCUCUCAUAGUAGCCGACUUCGGACAGCGCAAAAUUCCCAAGAUGUUUCAGCUGGCAGGCUGGGUUGCAUCAAUCAGUUGCGGCCUCUUCUGUGUGUUCGUGAAGUUUCCCUGGUACUUAAGCCAGAAUCCCACGUCGGAUGACGCAGAGCUGGUUGUGGCAUUCUUCGACAGAAUAAUCUGGUCGUUCUGCCUCUCUUGGAUCACGCUGGCAUGUGCUACGAGCCGAGGCGGCGCUCUGAGCAAGUUCUUGUCCUGGAAUGCGUUCGUUCCAUUGAGCAAGCUUUCGUAUGGCGUGUACUUGAUCCACUGGCCAUUCCUCGAACUGUUGAUGCAUUCAUCCAGAGAAAGAGUCUACUGGUCAGUAUUUAAUCAGGUCACGCUCUGCUUUGCCGUGCUCGUCUGGUGCUUCCUGCUGUCAUACCUUACCUUCAUCGCUUGCGAGGCACCGACCGGAGCACUCGACAAGUUGCUUUUCAGCAGGUUGAUUGGAAAUGGGGGCGCCCGACCGCAGGAACGCGAAGAAAAACUUACAGGCAGCGACGCGAAGAUAAAUAUCAGCGGUGGAGAGGGCAAUGAAGUUUCGCUGCGCGAAGCAAGGAGCUGUGGUCGGCCAUGUAAUGCCAAAUAAACGGGUGCUUGUAAGACCACUCAGACGGAGUAGCAUCGUUCUUGGUCAGUAAGUC